UUUACGUAACCGUACUGUACGGAAAGCACAUGCCGGUUGAAGAUUGAACAAACCUUUGAUCGGUUGUUUAUAUCAGCGUAGUAACAUGGCAGCCUGUGCCGUUGCUUCCAGGCUCUUGCCGUUAGUGAGAGGAACGAUCUGCUGCAGAGCGUCUCGCCCCGCGCGCCCAGCUGUCCGUGCGGUCUCGUGCACAGCAGCUCGGUCUCAGCUCCACAGAGUGGACGGGUCCAGUGGUGGUCUACCGGGUAAAGUGGACCGAUUCGGUGGAGUGACAGUGAACCUGGCUGAGGUCGGUUUACCGGUGGACAUCAGUGAGAGCUCCUUCAGCAGGUUACUGCAGGAUUCUUUGGCCCAGUGGAAAGCAGAGGGCAAAGCUGCAGUGUGGCUUCGGGUGCCCAUCUCACUGAGUCGAUGUGCCGCCGCCGCCUCCGCUCACGGCUUCACCUUCCAUCAUGCCAAACAUGACCACGCUGUGUUGGCCCUCUGGUUGGGAGAAGGGGAAAGCAGGCUGCCUGGGUUUGCAACUCACCAAAUUGGAGUGGCAGGUGCAGUUGUUGAUGAAUCCAAUGGAAAAGUUCUUGUGGUCCAAGACAGGAACAAGACAAAGAAUGCUUGGAAGUUCCCCGGUGGCUUGUCUGAUCCAGGAGAAAAUAUUGGUGCCACUGCCGUCCGUGAAGUCUUUGAGGAAACCGGCAUUCACUCUGAGUUCAGAUCUCUGCUCAGCAUCCGGCAGCAGCACAACCAUCCGGGCGCUUUCGGCAUGUCGGACAUGUACAUCAUCUGCCGACUCAGCCCUCUCAGCUACGACAUCAACUUCUGCACUCAGGAGUGUCUGCGCUGCGAGUGGCUGGACCUCGCCGAGCUGGCCAAGACUAACCACACUACGCCCAUCACCUCUCGCGUAGCUCGGCUUCUGCUUUACGGCGUGGAGCAGGGCUUCGACAAGAUCGACCUCACCAUGGAGGAGCUUCCUGCUGUCUACUCUGGCAUAUUUUACCAGCUGUACCACAGGCAGCUUCCUCCGACACAAAAGUCCUAGCAGGCCAUCAUCAACCUGAUGGGGUUAGCAUAUCAUGGCUAGCUAUGAUGACACAAGGUUGCCAGUAUUACUCAUAUUUAAAUUGUAUUUAUGACUGAAAUUGUGUUUUUGGUGUGUUUUUUCACACUAGCUGUUACUGUUGAAGAAAUAUGGUGCAAUAGGUCUACAUGAACAUUCACUUUGUGGUUUUUAAACAGAUAUGCCACUAUGGUGCCUCCAAGUUUUCUGCUGUGUUCAGACCACCGGUGACAAAGCAACAGGGUACAAGUCAUUUCAAUGGAAGUCAGUGACAUGAAGCUACAAACUGAUGCCCUACACUUGUAGCUGCGUGAAGGGUAUGACGCACCACAAAUCAAAGUUGAGCUGACCUCAACUUUUGUCAGUGCUUGCAGACAUACGCACACUAGCAGAUGAUAACAUAACUACGCCAACAAGCAGUUGAGCAAAACUUCAACAGCCAGCCAUGCUGUAGCUUUGUCGCUCAACUUUGAAACGUGCCAGACUGUAAAGCCAAUAAGACAUACUGGCCAGAUAGUGUAACUACAACUUCAAAGGUACGUCACAUGAUGCAAUUGAGCCCAAAAGACUUUUUCCUUCGGACUUAAACUGGGAAAGAGACAUCUGUAAGUCAGUGGUUCCCAACUGGUAGGUAGCAGUCCAAAAGUGGG